AUGGAGGAGACUCCCAUGGCGUCGACUAAGCUCUACGUAGGCAAUCUCUUCUACGAGCUCACACAGCGUGACGUGGAGGAAGAGUUUGGCAAGUUCGGGCCCAUCGAACAGUGUGCCGUCAAGAAAGGCUAUGCAUUCGUUCAUUACGAGCGACUAGAGGACGCCGAACUCGCCGUUCGGCAGAUGAACGACAAAGAGCUAGGUGGUCGCCGCUUGCGUGUGGCCUUUGCUGUCUCACACGGCACUCAGCGCCGCUUCGAUGGCCCGCCACCGUCCAUGCAGAACCCCGCGAGCCAAACACCGCCCUCUCAGACGCACAACCCGCGCUUUCCCGUCGGCGCUUCUCCUAAUUUGUUUGUUGCCAAUAUUCCGUCCCACAUCAAAAUGAGUGAGCUGGACCAGGCUUUUGGUCGAUUCGGAGAGGUCAAGAAUGUCAAAGUGCUGCCUCAGGCCAGACCGGGCGCCCCGAUGUCAGCCUUUGUCGAUUACACGGACAUUUCUUCGGCAAAGAAGGCGCACAGUGCUACGAUUACGAUUGCGGGUCAGCAGCUGCGCACGGACUAUAACUUCCGCAAGAGUAGAGGCGAUGGACCGAAGCGCGUUUCUCACGAAGACAAUGGGUUUUAUGAAGGUGAUGACCGAAGCGGUGGGCGCGUGCGUUACAAUUCGCACGAUUCGCAAGCUGGAAAGAAGAGCAGGUACGAAGACGAUCUUGAGAAGUCACCUGAUCACCGUCACCAUCAUCGCCACCACUCAAGUCGCCAUUAUUCAUCGCGACACGCUCGUGAAGGUCUGGAAAUUCGGGGACGCAGUAGUUCUCCCGAGCACCAUCGACGCCACACUAGCAGCAGCAGCGUACGAAGAGGCGAGGAGACUUCGGACCUGCGCGAGCGUUCGCAUGAAACUCAUAGUAACCGCUCGUAUGGACGCUCUAGUGGAGUCGAGGCUCACCAGCAAUCUGAGCGUCGUCCCUAUUUUGAGCCGCAUUCACGGAACGAGCAACGCGCACCCCACGAUUACGUGGAACGAGAAUUAGACAGUUCUCCUCAAGUGUAUCGUCGUUACAGUCGAUCGGAGAUGUCUUCGCGCCACGGAUCGCGUCGUGAACGCAGCUGGUCCCCUCAGCCUCCACCGUCGGUUCGACUUGUAACGGCAUCACGAUUAUAUUUGGAUGAAAUGGACAAACGGAUCAGACCUCAGCGUUUAGCAUGA